AGGCUUGUCACCUGCCCUGGCUUAGAUCUCAAAUCAGUAGUCUCUCAAUCGCUUCGCACACGAGCUCGCUUCUGCAUUAGUAUCGGUUUUUUUUUCUUUCUUUAGAAACACGUAAAAAGUUCAAAGCCGUUUUUAGUCAAAAUUCCAAGUGGCACAAAUUUUUAGUUACCCUCACACACGUCCACUGCAAAUCCCUGGUGAUCCGCUUUCACGAUGUCACACCAUGGGGCGGGUGGCGACGAGUCCGGUUCGGGCGUUCCACAGACCACGGUCAUGUAUUCCCAAUUGCAGCCAUGGAGCCAAGCGGGCGCUCCGCCGUGCAUGGAGCCCGUCACUGGGCCAUCGAUACCGCCGCGCGUAGGUGCCGCCUACGAGACGAACCAGAAGCAUCCGUGGCGCCCGGCAAUGGCCUAUGAGCUUAUCCAGGUUAAGCAUCUGCCCGAGCAGCCGGUGACCAAUCAGUUGACGAAGCAAUGCUUCCUGCCCAAGGGCAUGAAGACGGACGGCAUGAUAUUUCCCAAUUUGGUCAUCGGAUUCGAUCGGAAUCCCCAGCAUGCCGCCCGGGCAGCUCUCUACACGCGGUAUACCAGCAAUGAGUGGUACAACAACAACCUGACCAAGUAUUCCGAGUCCAAUAUGAAUCGUAAUCUAUCAGAGCGCAUGCGCAACGAUGCAGUGCGUCUGAUGCGGGAGACGGACGAGAAGGCCACUUCUGGACAGCGGGAUGCCGGCCGACGGCUGGGUGAACGUAUCACAGAUCUCACCUUUUGGCGAAACGAACUGAAUGCCGAGCUGGAGAAGCUCAUUGCCGAGAUGUCCGACAUCAAUGAGCUGCAGCGGCAGUGCGGGAAGGCGCUGCUUGAUCUGGAGAUACCGCUGCACAUAGCCCAGGAGUGCCUGUUCCAUCGCGAGUCGCGGCAGGGUGGCGAGAAGGUCCACGACAUCGUUGAGAAGGCCCUGUUGGUGGAGAUCAACAAUCUGCGCAAUUCCCGAGAGCGGUUGGGUGGACUGCAUGACAAGAUCUCGAAGCAGGCUCUAGAUUGUCGCGGCGCCCAGCAUCUGCUCGAGGACGAUGUGGCGCACAAGGAGUCCUCGCUGGGCAUUGACUCCAUGUGCCAUCAGCUGAACAACUACAGUCGCGGCAUCACCUAUUACGGCGGCAUCGAGAAGUUCGAUCCAUCGGUGAGCACCCAGGAGUCCUGGGCAAUGGCCAGCAGCGAGCAUGUUCGUCGCUCUCAGGCGGAGCGAAAGAAGCUCUCGAUGCUACGCAGCGACUCGCAGAGUGUGGUCAAUUCGGUGGCCUCCACUGUCUGGGAUUUCUGGAGCAACACCAACAACGCCUUCGAUCGGCGCUCGCAGGAGAUGGCAGACGCAAAGAAUCGGGUACAAUUGCAUCUGCAGAAGGUGCAGCAGGAGCUUUUCGAUAUGGAAAAGCAUCUGUUCCUGCUGCAGAAGGCCAUCCAGGACAAGUCUGGGCCGUUGAAAGUGGCCCAAACCCGACUGGAGGCUCGUUCGCAUCGCGAGGGUGUAGAAUUGUGCAAGGAUCAUGCCCAGGACCGGCUCGUUCAGGAGGUCCAAGACAUCCAGGGCACCGUGGAGACGCUUCACCACAAGCUUCAGGAGGCGGAGGCCGCCCACCAGUGUCUGCUGAAGACGCGCUGUUCCCUGGAGGUGGAUCUGCGCAACAAGGUCAAUGCGCUGUUUAUCGAUCGCGAGAAGUGCAUGAGUCUGCGGCGCUCCUUCCCGGUCAACAACCUGAUCAAGUAUUGAUCCAGGACUGGCUCCUGGCUGCAUUCCGAUGCCCAAUGUAGUCCCGUUGCACCAUCGCAGCACGCGCUUCUAUCUACCGCACUGCAUCUCACCAGAUUUUAAUAAAUCGGAGACCAAUGGUCCAUUUUAUGAAAGAAA